AGACAAGCCAUCGUCGGUUUCUCAUCGUCUUUUCAGGAGUAUGACAAGCCAGUGGUUAGGACACCAAUUCCUGGCCCACGCUCUCAGGUACAAGUUCAAAUUUUCCACCAUCUUUUUGGCCUGCAGAAUCAUUAUUUUUUGUUUAUCCUUGGAACCUCUAUUGCCAGCCAUCUGAUAUUACGUGAAAGUGCGAUUUCGCACAAUUGACCUCAAAUCGCAUCCGAUUGCGCAAUUUGAGGAAAAUCACAUAGUUCAUACAUGCCAACUCUCCCGGAUUAUCCAGAUCUCCAGUGGUAAUUGGAAUCUCUGAUAGUUCGUAAAAAAAAUGCUAAAUUCAAGGAAAGUAAACAAUAAAAUAAUUCUAUUUUUAAUCAAACAUUUUCCCAAGCUUAAUGUUGUUUAAGGUGAUUUACCACUAAAGAAAGCCUUUGAGACAUCUGAAACCCUCAAUCAUGGUAUCUGGAUAGCCAUUUUGAUUUCAGAGACGAGCAGUGUGUCAGCAGUGUAAUGGCGUCAUGUAAUAUUAACCAAGUCUCCUUUUUCUUUCUUUCUAUUUGUUUUCUUUUCUGGGUCAAGAUAAUUGGAUAAAUUUAACUAUUUUGUUUUAAAAUAGAUGUUCUAUUAUUCUUUUACAUUCAAAUUGCCAAUUAAACAACAUUUAAGUGAUUUUUCUCCUUUGAAACCUGGUAAAACAAUGUUAAUUAAUAGCCCUGAAAAAAUCGCAUAAUUUAUUGUGUAAUAGUCCACAAUCUACCCUGAAAAUUAAACGUGGCACAAUUUCUGAUUUUUCAUCGCACCCUAUCAGAUGGGCUGUCUAUGACUUCUUGUGGGGACUUAGGAAUACAUGUAAAAGUACUCACAAACGUGUAGCUAUAUAUGUAUGGGGAUCAAAUUCCACAUUAAGCCAUGAGCAAGGAGCAUUUGCAACAAUCACUAACAGCAGUAGGGUGCUACCAAUAAUACAUGUAGAUAUCCUUUAUAGCAAAUCAGUGUCAUAUCACCUGAUGAAAAUUGGCAAUAAGCAUUUGACUUCCCAAUCAAUAAAAAAGUGACCGUUGUGUGACAAAUAAUGAAAAAAACCCUUCUCAGCAAACCACAAUGAAUAAUUUAUUUUAUGGCACAAUGUGUCUUAUUCUUGAUCACUGAUUACAAAAGUUAAUUUCUACAUUUUCAGGCACUACUUAAUGAGUUGUCACAAAUACAGGUAGGUGCAUGGAUGAAUUUUAUUAUUACAGAAGUGUAUUAUUUAUUUUGUAGUUGAAUUUUUUAUUUUCAUCAUAAUUCUCAAGUAACAACUAAAGAUUAUGUCUAUUUGGUAUCAGUAUCUUGUUUUGUCUGUAAUCUCUUGUAAUUUUCCCAGCAAAAAUUAAUUAAGACAGUGUUUCUGAUGAUAUGUGAUCUAAUCACCCCAGUCACAUGAAAUCCUCAAGAAAUCUCAUUGUUUAUUGAAAAAUAGACUAUUUGGACAAAGUAACAGUUGAUAGGUAUAUACAGAUUUAAGGUUACAGUACCACUCAAAAGUAAUUAAGUUACCACCCUCUCGCAGGAAAUGAAUCGAUCGCAUCGCACACUAUAAAAUAUAUGCAAUUCUUGUCACGCGCUACGAGAAUCACGUAGCGUACGAUGGCCUAAAAAGUGUACUGGUAAGUACAUUUUGUAUCAUGGCCAAAAUUCUUGACCGAUUUCAAGAAUCGAUGGUGAAGCUUUACCGUGACCAACAUGCGAACAAAUUUGUACCUCUGCGACCACAGGUGGCUCAGACGUAGAGUGGGUCAAUAACAUGGACAAAAAUGGGAUGAGUCGUUGAAUCUACCACGAACUAAAAUAGUCCAGAAGUCAAAAUAUAACAAAACAAAGCUAACAUACCUUUAACUGUAGGUCUCCUUGUCUUUCCUUGCCAGUUAAAGUGGCAUUUUGUUGAGUUUUGCGCUCGUAGGUACAAGUUUAUAAUCCACUAAAGAAGAAUUAAAGGCCAGCUACAAGAAAAAUGGACCAUCUCCCCAGGAAGCACUAUAAAUUUGAGAAUAAUUGACGAAUCCAUUCCAAAUUGGUAUCGGGUAAUCUGCAGGUAAAGUGUGCUCCGGUUUCUUGCUCGCUGGCUCCCCAAACCCAUCGCAAGUGCACAAUGAUCGCUCGAUGCUCAUCAAUUAAUAAACACUUGACCUUUAUGCUCCGCCAUGGAUGGCCGCAAUGGGCAGGAAUACCACACAAUUUGAAUAUUCAAGCAUAGAGGCCAUGUAUGCAUGACAGUACAGCACUUGCUAUGCACUUGCUAACACAGCUGUGUGUUGUCAUGCAAAAAAAUGCCUGUUCAGCAAAUAUACUGUUGUCUUAUUUGCCCGUUGUGCUUGUAAUUUGUUAAAUUCAAGACAACUUUCUUUCAUAAAUCAAGUGUUCUGUAUAAAAAGUUACAAAGAACAAACUAAGCUAACAUUAUUUUGUGAUCGUAUGCCGAUUGAGUUGAAUUUUUAUCAAUGUUGUUGAUAUCUUGUCAGCUAAAGUUGCCACUAUGUGUAAACUUUAACAAAUGCACUGUUGUCUUAUUUUGCCGCUGUUUUUGUUAAAUUCCAAACAGCUUUCUUUCAUAAAUCAAGUGGUGACUGUAUAAAAAGCUAUAAAAAAAAAAUUUAUUAAGGUAACAUUAUAGUUAAUAUUAUUUUGUGAUCGUACGCCAAGUUGGAUUUUACCGUUGUUGUUGAAUGAAAACUACACACAUUAAAAGAGCUGACCAAUUUUUCUGGUGGAAGAACUCAUCGUUAGCGAUUUGCAGUAUUUUUGUUCUUCUCACAUUGGUUUGCUCAUUCAAAAAAAUCAAGGAAAGUGGAAGGGUUUUCACGUUCUGGCAAACGAAACAUCAUGAUCAAGUGCAGUGUCAAAUGUCAACGGCAAACAAAGCCGAAAACUAAACAGUGUGCUGAUGACAAGCUAAAAGAAAGCUCCUUGAAAGAAACUUAACGCCAAAACUAACGCCCAUUUUCCUCAGUCUUUAAGGUAACGCUAAGCGAAAUUUUUAAUUGGUUUCUUGCUGGGCAUGUUGUCAGUAAUUUAAACUCAUCACCAAUAGAUGAGCUUUGGCGUUGGUGCCUACAAGUUGGUGGAGCCGGGCAAUGCUCUAGCAUGAGGAGGAGGUAUCCAUGGCAACCCUGCAAGCGGCCCCCACCCAACCGGGAUCUCCUUGGUGCUUGAAAAAGGAGGGGCCAGCGAACAGGAGUGAAAUGGAACCUCCGAUGCAUCGAAAAAAAGACACACUUACCAAAUGAAAGCAGCUGACAGUGAGAGCAACACCAAAAACUGCAGGGCAAGCCCCAAGCAAUAAUAUUUGGUGCUAAACUCGACCGCAGUGUAGAAGGAGCUGUGGAUAACCAAUGGCAAGACACAUGAUGUCAAGCCAGCUGACAGAGAUGCCCGUAAGAGCUUCCGAAGGUGUGCGGAUAUAAAGCUGGUAUGCAUUGCUAGUCCAACGUCCAGGAGCCUGAAUCAGGUGGUCAGGAAUGUCGUUGCGAGCUGCUACCGUGGCUGCCCCAAUGCGAAGCUGUGGCUGGAAAAAUUGCCCUCAAUCUCUGCGGUAGAGAAAAAUUUGCCACAGCCAAUCGGUUAAGAUUGAGCGAGACAGAGGUUGACCAUUUGCAAGAAGGAACAAGGGGCCAGUGACAUUUCCUCGUACGGAGAGGUAUGCCAGCAAUGCGUGAACUGCGCAGAGGGGUGCCCUUCCCAAACCAACAUGGAUGUGGCAGCCUUGACGGAACGGAUCCGUUUUCGACGCUUUUAUCCUAACACGGAGGCAGGUUGGCGACUGGAGCGAAUCCACUGCGAUGUCAGCCACUGAAAGAUGAAUAGCAGGAGAAAAGCUGGCUAAAUUGGGGACUGUAAAUUCAGUAGCAUGGAGAAAACCGAAAUAACCCAGCAUGCAGGCUGCCCAAAAAGUGCAAUAAUUUAAAAUCUUGAGGUCCAACGCCCGAUGAAUGACCAAGAGAAGGCUGUUAGUAAUCGUAAGGCGCAGCCAGGGAGCCCUGGGAACGCUUGACCCCUCUCAACACUCGUUGAAGCCGCAGGUAAUUAAGCAAAGGGUCAGGAAAACCUUGCUCAAUGUGCAAACUGCAGAUAAAUAGACUUUAAUUGAAGAAUGCUCAAUCGAAUCUGCAAGAAAUGAAACAAACAAACAUUAAGUCCACUCGUCUGCAGGGAAAGACGAGCCACUGGAGUGGAGCUUUCCAGCUUGGCGGCAAAAUUUGACGAACUUGCGUUGCCCGGACGCAUAAGCUUUCCGGGUUGAAGGAACCAGACCCUGGGCCAAGAAAUGCAAGCACCAUUUUUCUAGGGAGGAGGUGUUAAGCUGUCCAGCAGGAGCUGAGGAAUCAGACAAGGGAACGAAUGAGCCUCCGGGGCCAGCUGCCUGAACUCCUGCCAACGGAAACGAGAGAUAGCAUCAGCAAUUUUGUUCUCAACUGCAGGAACAUGAGCAGCAGUGAGAGUAAAACCCCAGCGCACGAGAGCAGAAGAUCAUGGAGAAGGUGCAUUAAAGCUGGAACCUUCGAAGUCCUGGUUUUGAGAAUUGCGACUACAGCCUCGUUAUCUGAGUGAAAAAGGACAUGCUUCCUGGAUCACAAAUAUCCCCAAAGAUGAGCAGCAAUCAGCACAGGAAAGAGUUCUUGGUAUCCAAUAGAUUGCCUGGCCUGCACCAUUGACCAGGCACCAUAAAACCACUGGCCUUGAGAAUAGGCGCCAAAGCCAAUCGCACCUGCUGCAUCCGAAGUGACCUCCAGAUCUGUGGCAGCAGACAUCACAGGGUACAACCAGAGCCCAACUCCAUCCCAAGAAGCUAGAAACUGCAGCCACCACUGAGGGUCAAGACGAAAUUCCUGGUUAAUCCAAACAGGAUGGCCAUUGUUACGGAAGCAGCACAGUAAAUCAAUAAACCGACGGAGAAAGGCUCUCCCUGGCCAAACUACUUUAGCAGCAUGGUGUAAAUGGCCAAUAAGGGACUCCAAUUCCUGCUUUCUGCACCAGCGAUGGGGCAUCCAUGAAUGAAUGAGUUACCUUAGUGCAAGCAAUUUGUCCUCAGGAAGACAGGCCACUUGGUUGACGGAAUCUAAUUCAAUUCCUAAGAUAGUCAUAGAAGUGGCUGGACCCACACAUUUGUUAGUGUGAAGAGGCAACCCCAGCUGAUAGCAAACAGAGAUUACUGUGUUAAGAUUAUAAGCACACUGGAAUGACUGUGGGGGACCUGUGGUAAUAAAGUCAUCCAAAUAAUGUAAGAGAUUGUAAAGGCGGUGCUUAUGGAGAAGGAUCCAUUCAACCAUAUCAGCUAAGUAACAGUUGAUAGGUAUAUACAGAUUUAAGGUUACAGUACCACUCAAAAGUAAUUAAGUUACCACCCUCUCGCAGGAAAUGAAUCGAUCGCAUCGCACACUAUAAAAUAUAUGCAAUUCUUGUCACGCGCUACGAGAAUCGCGUAGCGUACGAUGGCCUAAAAAGUGUACCGGUAAGUACAUUUUGUAUCAUGGCCAAAAUUCUUGACCGAUUUCAAGAAUCGAUGGUGAAGCUUUACCGUGACCAACAUGCGAACAAAUUUGUACCUCUGCGACCACAGGUGGCUCAGACGUAGAGUGGGUCAAUAACAUGGACAAAAAUGGGAUGAGUCGUUGAAUCUACCAUGAACUAAAAUAGUCCAGAAGUCAAAAUAUAACAAAACAAAGCUAACAUACCUUUAACUGUAGGUCUCCUUGUCUUUCCUUGCCAGUUAAAGUGGCAUUUUGUUGAGUUUUGCGCUCGUAGGUACAAGUUUAUAAUCCACUAAAGAAGAAUUAAAGGCCAGCUACAAGAAAAAUGGACCAUCUCCCCAGGAAGCACUAUAAAUUUGAGAAUAAUUGACGAAUCCAUUCCAAAUUGGUAUCGGGUAAUCUGCAGGUAAAGUGUGCUCCGGUUUCUUGCUCGCUGGCUCCCCAAACCCAUCGCAAGUGCACAAUGAUCGCUCGAUGCUCAUCAAUUAAUAAACACUUGACCUUUAUGCUCCGCCAUGGAUGGCCGCAAUGGGCAGGAAUACCACACAAUUUGAAUAUUCAAGCAUAGAGGCCAUGUAUGCAUGACAGUACAGCACUUGCUAUGCACUUGCUAACACAGCUGUGUGUUGUCAUGCAAAAAAAUGCCUGUUCAGCAAAUAUACUGUUGUCUUAUUUGCCCGUUGUGCUUGUAAUUUGUUAAAUUCAAGACAACUUUCUUUCAUAAAUCAAGUGUUCUGUAUAAAAAGUUACAAAGAACAAACUAAGCUAACAUUAUUUUGUGAUCGUAUGCCGAUUGAGUUGAAUUUUUAUCAAUGUUGUUGAUAUCUUGUCAGCUAAAGUUGCCACUAUGUGUAAACUUUAACAAAUGCACUGUUGUCUUAUUUUGCCGCUGUUUUUGUUAAAUUCCAAACAGCUUUCUUUCAUAAAUCAAGUGGUGACUGUAUAAAAAAGCUAUAAAAAAAAUUUAUUAAGGUAACAUUAUAGUUAAUAUUAUUUUGUGAUCGUACGCCAAGUUGGAUUUUACCGUUGUUGUUGAAUGAAAACUACACACAUUAAAAGAGCUGACCAAUUUUUCUGGUGGAAGAACUCAUCGUUAGCGAUUUGCAGUAUUUUUGUUCUUCUCACAUUGGUUUGCUCAUUCAAAAAAUCAAGGAAAGUGGAAGGGUUUUCACGUUCUGGCAAACGAAACAUCAUGAUCAAGUGCAGUGUCAAAUGUCAACGGCAAACAAAGCCGAAAACUAAACAGUGUGCUGAUGACAAGCUAAAAGAAAGCUCCUUGAAAGAAACUUAACGCCAAAACUAACGCCCAUUUUCCUCAGUCUUUAAGGUAACGCUAAGCGAAAUUUUUAAUUGGUUUCUUGCUGGGCAUGUUGUCAGUAAUUUAAACUCAUCACCAAUAGAUGAGCUUUGGCGUUGGUGCCUACAAGUUGGUGGAGCCGGGCAAUGCUCUAGCAUGAGGAGGAGGUAUCCAUGGCAACCCUGCAAGCGGCCCCCACCCAACCGGGAUCUCCUUGGUGCUUGAAAAAGGAGGGGCCAGCGAACAGGAGUGAAAUGGAACCUCCGAUGCAUCGAAAAAAAGACACACUUACCAAAUGAAAGCAGCUGACAGUGAGAGCAACACCAAAAACUGCAGGGCAAGCCCCAAGCAAUAAUAUUUGGUGCUAAACUCGACCGCAGUGUAGAAGGAGCUGUGGAUAACCAAUGGCAAGACACAUGAUGUCAAGCCAGCUGACAGAGAUGCCCGUAAGAGCUUCCGAAGGUGUGCGGAUAUAAAGCUGGUAUGCAUUGCUAGUCCAACGUCCAGGAGCCUGAAUCAGGUGGUCAGGAAUGUCGUUGCGAGCUGCUACCGUGGCUGCCCCAAUGCGGAAGCUGUGGCUGGAAAAAUUGCCCUCAAUCUGCGCGGUAGAGAAAAUUUGCCACAGCCAAUCGGUUAAGAUUGAGCGAGACAGAGGUUGACCAUUUGCAAGAAGGAACAAGGGGCCAGUGACAUUUCCUCGUACGGAGAGGUAUGCCAGCAAUGCGUGAACUGCGCAGAGGGGUGCCCUUCCCAAACCAACAUGGAUGUGGCAGCCUUGACGGAACGGAUCCGUUUUCGACGCUUUUAUCCUAACACGGAGGCAGGUUGGCGACUGGAGCGAAUCCACUGCGAUGUCAGCCACUGAAAGAUGAAUAGCAGGAGAAAAGCUGGCUAAAUUGGGGACUGUAAAUUCAGUAGCAUGGAGAAAACCGAAAUAACCCAGCAUGCAGGCUGCCCAAAAAGUGCAAUAAUUUAAAAUCUUGAGGUCCAACGCCCGAUGAAUGACCAAGAGAAGGCUGUUAGUAAUCGUAAGGCGCAGCCAGGGAGCCCUGGGAACGCUUGACCCCUCUCAACACUCGUUGAAGCCGCAGGUAAUUAAGCAAAGGGUCAGGAAAACCUUGCUCAAUGUGCAAACUGCAGAUAAAUAGACUUUAAUUGAAGAAUGCUCAAUCGAAUCUGCAAGAAAUGAAACAAACAAACAUUAAGUCCACUCGUCUGCAGGGAAAGACGAGCCACUGGAGUGGAGCUUUCCAGCUUGGCGGCAAAAUUUGACGAACUUGCGUUGCCCGGACGCAUAAGCUUUCCGGGUUGAAGGAACCAGACCCUGGGCCAAGAAAUGCAAGCACCAUUUUUCUAGGGAGGAGGUGUUAAGCUGUCCAGCAGGAGCUGAGGAAUCAGACAAGGGAACGAAUGAGCCUCCGGGGCCAGCUGCCUGAACUCCUGCCAACGGAAACGAGAGAUAGCAUCAGCAAUUUUGUUCUCAACUGCAGGAACAUGAGCAGCAGUGAGAGUAAAACCCCAGCGCCUUGAGAGCAGAAGAUCAUGGAGAAGGUGCAUUAAAGCUGGAACCUUCGAAGUCCUGGUUUUGAGAAUUGCGACUACAGCCUCGUUAUCUGAGUGAAAAAGGACAUGCUUCCUGGAUCACAAAUAUCCCCAAAGAUGAGCAGCAAUCAGCACAGGAAAGAGUUCUUGGUAUCCAAUAGAUUGCCUGGCCUGCAACAUUGACCAGGCACCAUAAAACCACUGGCCUUGAGAAUAGGCGCCAAAGCCAAUCGCACCUGCUGCAUCCGAAGUGACCUCCAGAUCUGUGGCAGCAGACAUCACAGGGUACAACCAGAGCCCAACUCCAUCCCAAGAAGCUAGAAACUGCAGCCACCACUGAGGGUCAAGACGAAAUUCCUGGUUAAUCCAAACAGGAUGGCCAUUGUUACGGAAGCAGCACAGUAAAUCAAUAAACCGACGGAGAAAGGCUCUCCCUGGCCAAACUACUUUAGCAGCAUGGUGUAAAUGGCCAAUAAGGGACUCCAAUUCCUGCUUUCUGCACCAGCGAUGGGGCAUCCAUGAAUGAAUGAGUUACCUUAGUGCAAGCAAUUUGUCCUCAGGAAGACAGGCCACUUGGUUGACGGAAUCUAAUUCAAUUCCUAAGAUAGUCAUAGAAGUGGCUGGACCCACACAUUUGUUAGUGUGAAGAGGCAACCCCAGCUGAUAGCAAACAGAGAUUACUGUGUUAAGAUUAUAAGCACACUGGAAUGACUGUGGGGGACCUGUGGUAAUAAAGUCAUCCAAAUAAUGUAAGAGAUUGUAAAGGCGGUGCUUAUGGAGAAGGAUCCAUUCAACCAUAUCAGCUACGGAAUUGAAAAUAAGUGCAGAGUAAAGUGCAGAACGGAGACCGAAAGGAAGCGAGAGGUCAGUGUAGAACUGACCAUGCCACCUCAUGCUCAGUAAGAAGCGGUCAUCUGGAUGAACUGGGAUGUUCCGAUAAGCGGAUUCCACAUCAAAUUUUGCCAUAAGGGCACCUGGGCCAUGAUGGGAGACCAUGCGAAUAACUUGAUCAACCUUAAUAUACUGGAGAGAAAAAUCCUGAGGAUCAAUGCCGUCGUUCACACUAGCACCCCCUGGGGAAGACAAAUCGACUAUCAAGCAGUGCACCAUUUGCCCGGCUGGCCCUUCUUAGGAAUGACCCCAAAACUACUAAUAUGCAAACGAUGAAAAGUGGAGGAGGAGAAGGGGCCUGCACCCCUGCCCAGAGAGACUUCAUAAGCCAGAUACGCAUCGACAAUGUGGGCAUGGUGAGGAGCAGAGGGCUUGUUUCUUUUAGCUGGCUUAAGCUUGUGAGCUGAGUGGAAGCCUAACUGAAAGCCAUGCUGGAGACCCUGGAGGACCUAAGAAACUUGUUGCUGGUCGGGACGACUGGCCAAUUCCUUUGAAAACUCCUCCACCUUAAGGGGACUAACUGCUGAUACAGGAGGGAGAACUGGAUGAGCUGGGAAGAAAAAAGGCUAUUUUAAAAUAAGGCCGAGCCAGGCUAGGAAGGGAGGGGGGCAAACCAAAGAGAGAACUUUUGGACAACAAACCACGGACUAAAACAACUUGACAACUUUAUUGCAGCAAAUACAGCCCGACCUAGCCACUGUUGACAAAAAUUAGGUAACACAACUUAAGAAGUAAUUCGAUGACUAAAGGACAGGAAACACGGAGAAAAAACUAAAGGCAAUCAACGCAGAUAAAACCAAGGCAGAAAAACAAUCAGGAAAACAAAAAGGUGCAUCAAUUAACGCCUGGUUUUCGAGGUGGACGAGGGCAUGGAGGGAGGAGAAGCAGAUCUGCGUUUGCGAUUGUGUGAAGACGUUUUGUCAAAACGAUGGGAGCAUUCUGACGCACGGUGGAAACCUGCACAGGUGCUGCAGCAAUGGGCAAACCGACACGAAGCAAAUUGUGCUGAACAGUGGCCCCUGUUCCACGACCAGCAAAUGACCUGGGAGGAGUCAGCUACGGAUGUUUCGGGUAGCUCGCUCAAGGAACAACCAGACCCAGAAUGCACAGAGGCCCCAGCAGCGUGAAAAUUGUGAAGCUGAACGUUCAUGGUCGACCAGUCCACGAGCUUCAUCGCCGCAGCGUGCUGGCGGAAGGCCUGAUCGUAUGCCAGCCAAACACGACCACUGAACUGGCGGUACGUGCGCAGGAUGAGAAGCUUGUAAGAAGUUAAAUCUUUCCAGCGGUGUGGAAAAUACGACGUCAGAAUCAGCAUGAAAAUUGUAAAGGCUUCGGACCAGGUCACAAUGUCCUCGAUGUGUCAGCGUUGCUUUUUAGCGCUUGGCAAAAACACUAACUGCCCGUCCAGGAAUGCUUGCGACUCCGGCUCAGUCUGAACAAUGUUGACCGACAGCAAAUCCCCCAAAUCCACGUACCUGCCGGCAACAAUUUGGCUAACUGUUUUCUCCGGAACUGGUGAAAAACCGGGGCCAACUACAAACUUCUGUUGGAGUAGCGGUCCCGAUGGCAGGUUUGCAGCCAAGGUGCUGUCACUGAGUGGCCCUAGCACAGAAGCGCCCGCCGUGAUUGACGUGCUUAAAAUUGGCAAGCGCAGGGUUGUAAAGGUGGCAACAAAGCAUGGCACAGUAAAAUUAGGCCUACCUUGCGUGGCUGAAGGUGAAGAUAUCGCCUGUUGCUCCACAAAGGCGCCUCCAGAAGCUAAAAAGGUCGCUGUUUGCUGUGACAAGCUGGGUGAUGGGGCGGGAACGUCCCCAGAAGCUGCUUGUGGCUCCACGCUAUCUGAAUUUCCACGCAAAUUGCUCGAGCUAGAGCCAGGACCUUUUUCUGCCGCUAACGAGGCCUUCACAGCAUCGACGAUUGCAGCGAUUAGAGUGGAAUUGUGGACACCAGCAGCAACAACUGGAGCAGAAACUGUUGAAGAUGUUUGUGGCGCCGAGUUUGCCAGACCAGACGACUCGGCGUGCAAAAGGGUAUCUGAUGACGAGUUCUCCCCAUCCAAACCAGCUGCCAAACUAUUGUUGGUUCGACGAGCAGUCAUUGUACAAGCAGAAACAGCAAGCAAGCAAAACCAAAGCACAGCUAUUGCAAUAACACUUUGCGAAGAACUGCAAGCAAGCAACUGCAAGGCGUCACGAGGUGCCCCUGCUAGAGGCAUCUGGCCACCUCUACUGUAGCUGGGGAAACAGCUGACCAGCAUUGCUUCGAGGUUAACUUUGCCUAAAUUACAUUUAGCCACAUUUAUGCCAAAAAAUGGCGGCUUCAUUGAUUCUUGCAGGAUGCGAUUCCCUUAGCACAGGAAACAAGAUGCAACUGGUACACUGUAACUCACUUUUGAGCGGUACUGUAUUUUGCUUUGAAUCUAACAACAGUUAAUUUUUAAUAGCUUUUAUUGGAAAUUGUAGACUCUAGAAAUAGCAUAAUAUUUGCUCCAGAAAUUUUGUGUAAUUUACACAUAUUUUUUUGCACACUAUGAGAAGGACUGUAAAAUAAUGAGAAAAUUGAGGACACUUUCCUUUGAACAAAAACUUCCAGAAAUUAUUAUUUUUGGAAGUCGAAUGGAAUUUUUCAGUCAGUUCAGCGUGAUCAAAGUGGACCUUUUUAGAGUUUGUCUGCUUUGAUCAGUUUGUAAAGACCCAGUGUAAGUGAUAAUUAAUUGUUUGCUGCAUGGGUGAAUCCUGAGGCUUUACUUUAUUAAAACUGACCUUAAGCCUUUCCUGCCUGGUACAAUAAUCAUGGCCAGUCAUCACUACCUUUAAGUAACCGAUAAAAGGGUUUGGAUGGAAUAACCAUAUUUAUGUGGUCAUAACCAUAUCUGUGAAAUGGCUAUUUUAUACUAAGAGCAAUGUUUCUUUUUAGUGUGCAGUGUACAGAUUAUAGAAGCCAUUUUUUUAAAGAAUGUUGACUGGCAAGAAUGGGCAAACUUAUUUUCUGUGUAAAUAGUAGUUUUGGUACAGUUAAACAAAGUCAAAUGAAUUAGUUAGUUCAGUCCAAUCUGCAAAGUUACGUUCAUAUAUUUAUGGGACUUAGGUACCAUGGGAUCCAGAUCUAGAUCUUGAUGUAAGGGUAGGCCAGUUGUGCAGACCUUGCUCUUUUGACUUAGGUAGUGUAGAGUCUCAGGGUGUGCUGCCCCACCUGGCCCUCUGCCCAGGACCUGCAACUGUGUACAUGAUGAGAUAACCCUUUUACAUUUCACUGUACAUGAGGUUGAAACUUCAGAAAAUUGAGGAAACAGUCUACAUUGUAGGUGGCAAUAUUAAAUGUGCCACAGAUGAUAAAAAAAAACAAGUGUUACUAGGGUGAUAAUGCAUGUAUUGCUGGUGAUUUCCCUGGAUUCUGGGCUCAACUCCAACUGGUUGUACCCUCAUUUAAGGACUAAUUUACUGAAGACCUUAGAACCAUUCAUGGUAUGUAACACCUUGUCAACUGUGGGUAUUGGAUAGUUUGCUUGAUUGGCCUGUCUCGUGUUCACACAUAGGCAGAUUUCCCGCUAGUUGUUUUUUUGGACGAUCACAACAGGGUUAACCCAAGGAGUGGAACCCUCCACUGGUUCAAUCAUUCCCAGGUCCAGCAGUUCUGUGGUCAUAUCUUGAUCUUUCCCCUCAUAUUGAAUGCUAUCCUUCUAUAAGGCUGUGCUAUAGGUUUCACAGUGGGGUCUUUAUCCAGGGAUACUCAAGUAGUUUAAGGCCUGGGAGUUAUUUCUAAGUGUUCUCCUUCUGUAUUACUGAUUGCAUAGUCAUACUAGCGCCCAGGGUUACUGACAUUGGCUUUUCUCCCAACCUGAUGAGCUUAUCACUUUGUAUCGCAGACUUUUUCAAAAUGAUCUUUCCCACGACACAUUCUACAUGUCUUGCCUCUUGCUGGGCACUGGGGAUCAUGAGCAAGUUAAAUGUCCAGUCAAACCAGAUCUAUAACAUAUCUUAUCUCUCCCUUGGAAUCACCCUUGUGUGCUAGUGCUCGGAUUGUUACCUCGCUCAAUGGAUACUUUCUGAUUCUUCUCCUUCUACUAAAAGUGCAGCCAGUUGGGUUCCUAUCUUUUCUCACUGUAAGGCAAUCUGUAGGGUAUGUGUUAUUGCUUCAGUCCUUGGCCUUCUUCAAGCAAUUUUCGUUUGAUGUAAGUGAAAGCCAUUUAUUCAAAUGUGCAUCUCUUACCCGGUUGUCGGUAUGACAGUGCCAAAAUCACAGUCUUUAGCUGAUUUCCUUAAGCAAGUGAUGAACUGUUGAACAGUUUCAUCUGGGUUUUGCAUGAUCCAAUAAAAGGUCUGGCGGGCGAAUGCUGAGUUUAGCUGUGGCACAAAAUAGGCAUUGAGAGCUCUGAAAGCAGUAGCGCAUAAUCUGUAGCAUUCCCCGGUUCCAGUUAAGGUGGUAAAUCUCUCCUGCACAUCCGGCCCAGCCAGGUGAAGUAGCAUUGCUCUGUGCCUUUGCUGCAUCUAAAAUAAGCCCUUUCUCAUUGGCGUUCAGUUUGAAUGAAGUUAACCAUCGUGUCCAUUGGGGGCCAAUCGUUGAUGGGUUAAGAAAACAAUUGAAUUUUGGUAACACGUUCUUGUCCAUCCUUGUCGCCAAGGCAGUUAUGCUGAUAAGAGUAAUAAAGUAUCCGAACAAACAGAUUUAAUUCAAGUACCUAUUUCAUUGCGACCAUAACUUGCCUGCCACUAUCAAAAGCUCAUGGUAAAUCAAUCCCAGCAUACUUAGCAGCCUAUUAUAUUACACCUAUCUAGAUCUGCUGCCAAAUUUGUUGGACUAGAUAAUACCUUUGUGCCUGCCUGUUGAAGGAUGCUUCUGAUGUCCUCAUCCCGAUUCUAACUGGCUUGAUAAACAAAUCUUUCACCUGGGGUGUGGGAGUCAGAAAAAGUCACUGCAUUAUUUAAAGACGGAUAUAAGUUAUUGAAAGAUAAUAAUCGACCGAUAUCGAUCUUACCAACUAUAUUAAGCAAGGUGAUAGAGAGAUCAGCACAUGUUUAGUUAAUAUGGAAGAAAACAGACUGUCUUUACGAUCACAGUUUGGCUUUUGACUGAAGUGCUCAACUGUCACUGCCUAAAUCGCUUUUACAGAUCAAAUCCUAGAAGGUAUAGACAAAGGAUUCAUGACAGAAGCAGCCAAAAAAACUCUGAGACAACACUCUAUUACCGUUAAUCACUUUAUUCCUUUUCGGUUCUUUUUUUUUAAUCCAACUGAUCAACUUUCACAUGAGAGAGAGCUCUUUGAAACAAACCCUAAGAAAUAAGUAUAAUCAGUGGCUUUACAAUGUAACUAAUGUAACUCUGUCUCACUUAGAUCAAUAAGAGGAAAUGUUGCUAAAUUCAAGUAUCUCAGGCCGGUGACCAUAAACCAGUAUCUCACGUGGUAUGACCACAUUGGCCAAUUUCAAAGUAAAAUAGGAAAGAGGCUAGGUGUCUUAGGAAGAAUCAAACAUCUGCUCACAGUUUAUGGAAGGAUGUCAACAAUGAUCAUCCAUCCCUUUUUCUUCAAUGUGCAAGUAUCUUAUGGGGUGAGAAAAACAACAAAGUUUUAAUGGAUUUUAUCCAAGUUCUUCAGAGUAAAGCAGCCGAGAUAGUUCUGGAUAGAGCGCUAGAUUAUAUUAAGCAGAAGACAAAAGCAAUGCUGUCUUUUUUUGCAUGACCGGUAAUUCUAAUAAUGACAGUGACAGUAUGUAACAGUACGAUUAUCUGUGGCUUAGCCCAUCACAUUCAUAACACUCUCUCAAGGGUUAGACCAAAUACUAACUCAGGGAUUGCUUAAAUCCCUAAAUAGUGAAUUACCAGAUUGGAGUGCCCUCCCUGUGGAGAAAAGAAACCUCCCCAGUAAUGCUUUAAGAAUAUCAUUAGUCAUUAACAGGUUUAAAUCUCAAUAGUACCUUCUAGGUCUUUUUAUUCUAGUUUUCUUAGGUGUGAAAUUUUUCUUAGUUCAAUUUCAUAUAUUUAAUAUUAGCUUUUUGCCAUAAUUAGUGUUUAAACAAUUUCUUUUACGUGCACAGUGCCCUAUUCAAAACCACUAAGUAUGACAUAGGCCAUCUGUAUAAAGAACUAUCUUUUUCUCGUUAUUAUAUUGUUCAAUAGUGAUUCAGCUGACCGGCGGCCUGCAGUGUCAUCUUACAAAAGUAGUGUAUCUAAAAGGUCACAGUUUCUUGUAUAUGUGGUUGUGUAUAUAAAGUCUAUUGCAAAAAAUUGCCACUCAGCUAAUCAAAAGUGAAAUAAUUCAAUUGUCCUUGUUUUUUAUUUGCAGCUAACUAAGGGCAUGCCUUAUUUUGUUGACUUUGAGAGGAGCAAAGGAAACUACAUCGUUGAUGCCGAUGGCAACAUCUUAUUAGAUGUCUUCCAGCAGAUUGCCUCUAUUCCUCUAGGUUUGUUUAGAAUAAAACUGCAGUCAACUCUUUCUUCUUAACCGAUUCCAUUAUAAAAUGGAUAGCUUCCUUAAACAGACACAUACCUUGCAUUUGCCACGGAGUCUCUAUAAGGUAAACAAUAAAACCUUGUUCUGUGCUUGACAAAAUUUGUUGAUACACUGCUACAACCAAUAUCAAAAUCACAGAAAUCAUACCUUUCACUGAAAAGACGAAUGUGAAAAACCGACCAUUUCUUGUUUCAAAGGACGUUAUGAGUCUUGAUACAAAUAUACAGCAAAACGAGGGUAUAUUGAAAUUAUCUGUCUCAAAGCAUAUGAAAAUUUCAACAAAGACAACCCAUUCCUACACAUUACUUGCCGGAAAUCCUUAGAUUAAUCCUCGAAGAAAAUUUCUUCCACCUCAGUGGAAAGCACUACCUACAAAACCAUGGAACUGCAAUGGGCACAAAGACAGCAGUUUUGACUCCUUUGCCAAUAUUUUUAUGUCAUAUAUUGAAACAACAACUCUAAGCAAAACUGUCUUUAUAACAACAGUUUGGAAAUGCCACAUACACGAUAUCUUUUCCCUAUGGGACAUGAGUAAACCAGACAUCGAAGCCUUCAUUGAACAAGCAAGCUUACAUCACCCAACUAUUGAAUUCACGGCCGAAACAUUUGACACUGAGACUGCGUUUUUAGACAUGGUUGUAUACAAAGGCACAAGAUUAAAGGAAAAAUCUAUCCUUGAUGCAAAGACACAUUUUAAACAAACGGAAAGCUUCUUGCACACACAUUUCACCUUGUGUCACCCUUCAAAUGUUAAAAAAGAAUUUGUCAAAAGAGAAGCCUUAAGAAUCCUACGAAAAAACUCCUCAGAAACAACCUUUGAGGAAAAUAAUUCAAAUUUAAAAAAAAAAAAAAAACGCUUGACGGACGGAGCCUACCCACAAUCUUUCAGGGGCACCCAACGUCAAUUUUCGGAAAAUAUCUGUCCGAAAGACGAUUUGAGAUCUAGAAUUUUCUGAACAUUACAACAAAUUUUGUUGUAAAAUUUCUUGCUUGUCUGCCCCUCCUAGGAUGUUCGAACAUCUAAAAAAAUGGUAUAAUUGCCCAUUUUUAACGGAUUUUUACCCUAAAAAGGUCACCUAGAAUUUUUGGGAGCGUUUUUUUCUGACUGAAAUUUUCGAAAAGGUAAGUUUUGAUCACUAUGAUUUUCGUAUCACUAGACUUUCAGCUAGCAGAUCCGAGCAGAUGAAAAAUUUUUUGGGGAUAAAAGUACGCCUAUAUCUACUGUUUAAAUACUAAGAUACGUUUAACAAUGCUAUGUUUAAGUGGUUUUGAACUAUAUUCUCGUUGUGUGCCUACUAUCAGAAAUAAAAGUCACAAAAGGGAGUCUAAACUCCUGAAACAAAACAACAAGGAGGAAAAAGAAAUAUUGCCACUCGUGACACAAUACCAGCCCUCAGGGUCUACUAUAAAGGAAGCUUGAAUGAAAAAAUGGAAUCUUAUACAAAACCAACUAUAACUUCAAUAAAUUUUUAAAGAACCACCAAUCAUUUCCUUACAAAAAAGGAAAAUCGUUAAAGAACAUGCUCGUUAGAGCCGAAAAAAAAGGUUAACAGAGGGUUCCACGCCCGUAUAGAUGUGCGGCCUGUCAACCUUUGUAUUUUCUCGCACAGCAGGUUUGUGAGUAUUUUAGCAGUAAUUCCAGCUGGCUGUGUUUUAUAUAACAAGUGUAGUCAACUGUCUUGUUAGUAGUAAGUAAAAAAUAGGGUGACCCACCCCCUAAGGGUAGAUGAAAAUUGCACGACCCACCCCUUGCAUAAGGCUCAAAACCUCAUGACCCACCCCUCUCUGCUCCGGCCCCCCCCCUGUACUUUUUGACCAGUCCCUUAGCAACGACGACGAAUUGGACGACGACGACGAGUAGACUUGCUGAGGGACUAGAACGAGGACGUCAUUCACGGCGGGAAAACUAAAAUGUUAAGGGCGCACUUGAACGUGGACGAGGACAUGUAAACAAAACAGUGCUCAUUUAUCGUGAAAAUCGAGGAACAGUCCAAUAAUUUUAUCAUGUCUUCUUUUCACGAAGUCCAAGAUCAACUUCUUUUGAGUUAUGAGGACGGUAUUCUAGAUGAAGAUGAGUUUUUCCUACAACAUGAGCAAUUUAUGCCGAAAAAUCCCAAUUUCUCGUACGAGGAAUACGACAGGUUUUCCCUCGAUGAGGUGAACGAUGCCGAGUGCUUGGCAGAAUUUUAAUUUAGAAAGCACGACUUGCAGAUUCUCUCAGAGGUUCUUCAAACACCUGAUAGCUUCAGAUGCUAUCAAAGAAGUGUUGUUGACGGAAUGAAAGGUCUCUGCAUUCUUCUUAGAAGAUUAAGUUACCCCUGCAGAUACAGUGACAUGAUUUCUCGAUUCGGACUGCCAGUACCAGUUCUCAGUGUGGUCAGUAAUGACGUCUUGGAUUUUAUAUAUAACACUCACAGACAUCUCAUAACACAGUGGAACCACAAUGUGCUUUAUCAGGCUUACUCUGGGACCUAAAGUCGCCUAAAAUCGCCUUAAGUCGCCUUUAGUUUCCUUAAGUCACUAAAUCAUUCAAAUCUUAACGAGGUUCAAAUUGUCUUGUAGUUAUUACUUUUUUAGUUUUCUAUUUCCAGAAUGCAUGAUUUCUCAUAAAGUGUGUAAUAGCCCGUGUUCAAUAAUAUUAGCCACAGACCCUCCCCACCCCCCACAAAAAAACUCCCACGGUGACUUAAGACCCAUUUAUUUCUUAUCCAGUCACUUGUACUGGUAUUUUAUUGAUUUUAUCCGGGAGGUUUGUCUCAUAUUUCUGAGUAAAAAUACUGUUUAAAAAGGCAUUCAAAGGUUCAAGUUCUAGCUAAAUUAUAUUAAACAGUGUGCAAAGAGAGUAGACAGAGUAGUGUCCAGGCAAUAGCCCUGGGGUACUGGAUUUUAUGAUUGGGCUAGUGAACUGCGUUUUUAACUUGCCUGGCUGGCAAGUAAAGUUUUUUAGGGAAUUCAGAUUACAGAAGAACUGUAAUCAGUCCCAUUCAUAAAAAAAAUUGGGGUCAGUCAAAAUGGCUUUCAGGCUAGUGUAUGUCAGUCAUGUUAGUCAUAUUUCUGAGUAAAAAUAUUGUUUAAAAAGGCAUUCAAAGGUUCAAGUUCUCGCUAAAUUAUAUUAAACGGUGUGCAAAGAGAGUAGACAGAGUAGUGUCCAGGCAAUAGCCCUGGGGUACUGGAUUUUAUGAUUGGGCUAGUGAACUGCGUUUUUAUCUUGCCUGGCUGGCAAGUAAAGUUUUUUAGGGAAUUCAGAUUACAGAAGAACUGUAAUCAGUCCCAUUCAUAAAAAAAAUUGGGGUCAGUCAAAAUGGCUUUCAGGCUAGUGUAUGCUAGGCAAGCUGUAAAGCUGACUUUCUUUGCACCCUGAACAAAAUAUAGGUAAAACUCUUUUCUACUGCUUUGUGAGAGUCCAACAUUGAAAGACAUUUCAAGUAACUAAGAUCAAUACAGGUAGGUUGAAGGGAGAAAAAAAAACAAUUAUUGCCGCCACAACAUUAAUCUAAAUUUUCUGGUAGUUAAUACAAGUCUAAAGGUCAAUCGAAAAAAGUGUCCAUGUAAAUUACCGACCCAGAUUUUAAGAGCCACUAAUGAUAAGUUUUUUCUCCAGCACACAACCUCUGAUCUGUAUUUACCGUCGAAUUAUAUCCAUCUACCUUUGACAGAAACACAAUCACUCUUAUAAACUUGAACACUUAGCUUAGCUUGUACAGUCGUCUCUUUAGGUCUUCCCUUCCAGACGGAAAUUCAGGCUUUGUACAUCGAAGGUGCGUAAUACUGCUCUUUGUUUAUGUUGUCGUGAUUGCACCCUGUCAAACGAUUUGAUGUAAUCGAUCAUUAUUGAUGAAGAACGUAGAAAAGCGAAAUAAUACUGUUCUUUCCUCCACCUUAUGGCCGCCCAGAAAGUAGUGUGUUUUGAUCACGUGACUAACUGGACUGGAGGCGGGGAGAGGGUGGGACCGAGAAACAAUGGAAAUUAGCUUGCGACUGCAGUGGAAUUCUGGGAGAAGCAAAAUGGCGGAUAGAAUGUUGUACCUCGCGUUUUCGUAAUCACUUUGUUAGUUCUCGAUUUCAUCUUCUUAACUUGAAUGUUUUGCUGACAAGAUGCAGAUCCCACAAAGCCCGAAUUUUUGACUGUUUGCAAAGUUUUCAUGUUUCAAAAUCAUAGUAAGAUUCAAUAUUGUGGAAAAAUUACAAACUAAGGAAUAUCUAACUUUCAUUUCAAAAGCCAAACAUAAAUUCUCUUCCUAAACAAGAUGAAAAUACAUUAAUUUUUACUCACGUUCUCGCGGCGUUCGGCCUGGACGGCAAAGAUGGCGUUUUUCACGUUCUGAACACGUGGACGACGAGUGACGCAUGCGCAGUAGCACGCUAAGCGGUAUUUUCACUUCCGGUCGUCGUCCUCAGGGCUUCUCGUCGACCUUGCUUAAGGUCCCUAUUGAGCGGGUCCAAAUAGACGUGAUUAAAUUUCAAAGAACGGAAAUUCAUUUUUUUACCGACGUUUUCACUGCCGUCGUCGUCGUCCUUGCUUAAGGUCCCUAUUAGCAAGUAUUAGACGUUAAGAAGAAGCAAUGCAAUUUGAAAUCAAGGAUCAUUGUCAAAAGCAAGUGUACUGUUUCUGAACGCGAAAUAUUCCUUGAAGAAAAGACAAAAUAACUAGCAGCCAGCCGCUUGUAAAAGGUUUCGUAUUUCGUGCAUGAUAACUUUUGCUUUUGGUUUUCACGUUGUGUCAGUAUUCAAUAUUCGUUACUUUAAAUGAGUGUGCUAGGCUACUAGCCUUUAGAAAAUCUCAAUCUUUAAUCUUAAAGUGAAAUUUUGCCCCCGAUGGGACAUUAUCAUGGGACUCGGGGAUUUUCUCUCAAUAGCUCAUUGUCUCUGGUCUUAAACUACAGAACAUUAACAGUCUUCAAAAGUAGGUUGAGUUUGAUCGUCCGGGUGAAUGUAGUCCUGAAUAGGACUGUUGUUGUUGACAGUGACUGAGGUUUCGACAACCUGUGCGGUGGUCAUCUUCAGAGUCAAAGUGAUUUGUAUCACGUCAGUUGAUGGUACUAUACUCUGGUGUAUUGAUAUGCUUGGUCAAUGACGUGGCGAUGUUAUUGGUCGUCUGUCAGUUAAGUCGUGAUGUUAUUGGCUAUGAAGACUCGUAAUCAAUAAUUGGUGCGUUUCGAUCCGUCUAUCGUCACAGUCAAACGAACAGUCGUCUAUUGUUAGUAAAAUUGUCAGUUGUUCUCUCGUAGUUAGUUUUGCUUAACCUCGUUAAUAAGUCGUUUUUACGGUGCUGGUAACUGUUGGCUACGAUUCAGUGGCGUUUGUCCUAAGUUAGUAAACCAGCUUUUAAAUCAGGACGAUCCUGAAACUCAACCUACUCUUGGGUUCAAACCUUUCACAUUAACAGUCUUUUUUGAAUGCAGGUAUAAUUUGAUAAAAUAAUCUUUGUCACUUUGGCGUAGGUACGAAGUUUCCCACCAGAAACUGUUACUUGUCUGAACGGAUUAAUUUAGGUUUCUGGGAAACUGCCCACCUACCCCUCCCCUAAGCUAACAUUAACACUUACUUCUCACUUGGGCAAAAUGAUGGCAUAGGGGAGGAGUCGGUGGGCAGUUUCCCAGAAACCUAAAUUGAUCCGUCUGAACCUUAAGAUUAAAAAUUAUAAAUAUGCAGAGGCUCAAAAGUCUGUUUUAUCCACCUCACAGAAAAUUUGGCUACCCUUAAUGGAAACCCAGAACAUUUGUGCCAUAUAUUGAAGACUUCUUCACAAACUGGGAGGCAGAGUUGUUCUGUUUUAAAAAAUCCAAUUGUUUUCAUUUUGAUUACAGGUUAUAACCACCCUGCUUUAGUAAGAGCUUUACAAGAUCCAAAGAAUGUGGUAAGAUAUAUAUGUAUAUAUAUAUGAAUUGUGUAUUUUAAGGUUCAGUGCAAUCCAACCCUCACAACAUGAUUAUAAUUCUUACGUGAGUUAUUAUUUUAAUUAUAUAGCUGUUAGUUAAUCCGACAUUGUCAGCAAAGCUAUUAUCCUUUAAUUUAUACGAACUGUCCAAUUAAAGAUUAAUUUGGAUAGUUUCAGAUGGGGCUUUACUUUACAAACAGGCAAACUGUCCAAUUUAAGAAAAAUAGGACGGCUGGUCUGAGCCAAUCAAAUGCCAGAAAAUACAAUAGACAAUGCAAACUAGAUAAUCAGCGCAAAGUUCCUGUGACAACGCGCCAAAGAAAGUUUCGUUGGCUGACGGCGGUUCGUCGGCAGCACUCUUGGCUUCUUGUCUGGGCCAUUUAAAAGGAAAAUGUAUGACCAAACUGAUAAAAGUUUGUAUCGGAAACAAUCAACGAAUAGAUUCUUGAUGUACAAGCACUGAAAUUUUGGACAAGAGUAAGAAAACAAUGAUACUUCUGUUUAGAUGUUGGCAUUACAAAAACAAACGGACAAAGUCUGCGGAAAUCGUUUGAGGUAAUGAAUGGAAUGAAAUGUUCACGAUUUUCAAUAGUUUUUGUAUUUGAGGUUAUUCCUUAGUAAAAUAACGUAACAUAGAUUGUAGAUGAAACUUGGUACACUGAUGUAACAAGUCAAGAUUAUGAUAAAAAUGUAAUAAAAAGUGGGGGUCACCAUACUUGUUUUGACGUCACAAUGCUGACAAAUACGGCUAUUUGGGACGCUUUGGCAAAAACCCCGCGCAGCCCAAAACUAGACAAAAAGCAGAGAUUUUUUCCAUGAUGCAUGUGGUAUCGCACAGAAUUUGACUUUAAUAUAUUGUUUAUCCACUUACGUACCAGAAAAAUGCCUUUUAAUGCCCUUAUUUUUACUUUGCGCUCCAAAGUAGAAUUAAAUUGGACACGCGCUAUUCGACCCGUGAUGGCUCAAUCCGUACAAUUUAGUAAAACUGCCAAAAAACUGAACAUAGAUUUGUGCCCAUUUUUUUCUCAUCGAAAGGAAGCACUGUCCUUAUUAAAAUCAUGAAAUAAAAAAUGGGGGUCACUGUACUCGUUUUUGCGGCAGAGCUGCAGAAAAUGCGCACCAAAUACGUUUUCUCCGAUUUUUGAGAGACGACUGGGGCGAGUUUCAAAAUAGAAUGGGAAGAAAGCAUUAAAAAAUCCGUUUUUACCGAAUUUACAUCGAGAUAUCACAUUUAGAACACAAUGUGAUAAAGAAAGCGUUUAAAUGAAAAUCAAAGUGAGUAAGCACAAGUUAAACAUCCACUAUCGAGGUUCACCGUGACGAAGUCGAACUCAGCAACACGCGUACUGCGUACGUUAUGCACAUUCCCAACACAUUGAGUCUCACCUCGUUAAGAAACAACCGCAAGCAAAAAUUCCAAUAGCGUUUCUCUUCAGUCAGAUUCAUUUUAAUAACGUUACUUCACAUGCUCUUUUUUACGGCGGCCAUCUUGUAAUGCACAGUAAGAAAUGCGCAGUGCAAAACCAGGGAGUCUCCUUAAAUUAAGUAUUUGCGUUGUUGCUUUGUCUUCUUUGUACUCGAAAUUGCGGUUUUCACCUGUAGCACCGUAUCAUUCAGAUCAUUGAAGGAGCUUUCAAAAUUUUAAUUGGCAACAACAUGCCAAAGCAUGAAAGAGCAAUACUAGUUCUACGUUUGUUUAUUUGUAAAGAAUAAGUUUAAUCACACCAUAUGAAUAAACCUCUUUUAGAUCUUGUAGGGUGUUUUUGUUUCAACUACAAACGGCUCCACUGUACAAUUUUUUUGCGUCUGUGACACGCUAAAAAAUCUGGAUUAGCUAACCAGCUAUAUAAUUAGUAAGUAAGAGGACUACAUGCUUGUCCAAUUUGGAAAUAAUUGAAUUCAAAAAUUUCCUCUGACUGCCAAAGACUUCCUUUGGCUGUCCUCUGAAUUUUUUUCAUCUAUUUAUUUCCAAAUUGGACAGCAUGCAGUCCUAUAAGUACAGGUAAUCACAUGAUUUCGAGUGCAAUUUGGAAUAAAUAAGCACGAGUAAAUUUUUUGAAAGGCUAACAACGGGCGAGUGCAAUUUGCGGUCUUUGAAAAAACUUACGAGUGCUUAUUUAUUCCAAAUUGCACAAGAAAAAACAUGUGAUUACUUAUUAAUAAUAUUCAUGGAAAAAUUGCGAGAUAGCUUUAAAUCUUUUUAAUAGGGAGUCAACCCGCGUAACUACGUGCAAAAAUAAGUUAUUCAAAUGUUGCAAAUAUCAUCACACGUGCAGUUAAAAGAACAUUUUGCUCGAUGUUUUUAAAGUUUGCAAGGUGCAGAAACGGGCUCAACAGUUCAUGGAAUUGUUCAAUGUGUUUGAAUUAAAGAUUCUGGUUAUUACCUCGAGUUUUCCGCUCUUCCAGAGAAUUUCUUCUUCCUCCUCUGAUACUUGCCGAGCUUUGUUUGGGCGCUUACCACGGCCAGCCAAGCGAAGCUGUUUCGCUUUGUCCUCCAUCACCUCUUUGGACGAACUUAAUUCUCGGUCACGUACAAUGGACAGGGUGCAGCCUUUGUUCUUUAAGUGUCUAUCAAGCGAUGCCAUCAUUAAAGGCUUUCUGGUUCAUAAUCUCCACCUUUUUUGUAUUGUUUACUUCGGCGUAGAAAUGCUCGAGCAAAGUGUUAAGCUCAGCCGGCUCAUAAUUUUCUAUUUCAUCAGUAAUUUCCCUAUCUACGCACCAAUUCUUCCAAAAAGAGAACCAAAAACCAGUGCUCUUGGCAUUGUUUUCGUUUUUAGAGCAGUUUUUCAACUCCUCUACAGUUGGAAAGAAAAUGUGCUGCAAACGCCAACCAUUGCGGUUUUUGCUCGAAACUGGGGCCCGUUUCUCGAAAGCCCCGAUAAUUAACGGGCCUGUAAAGCUGUUGAUGUUUCCAUGCAAGAUAGAGGUUUCAAUAGUUUUGCAUCUAACAUGAUAAAACUAUCAGUUAGUGAAACAAAAUGGAGUAGUUUCCUAGCCAGGACCCGCGCCCUUAUUCUUUAUAUUUCUAAUUGAAUAUUUGGUUUCGGGCCCGAAAAGUUACUGGGACUUUCGAGAAACGGGCCCCUUGGUCCGGAGUGGAUCCAAAUUUUGCGCCACUUAGAUGGCGCAUUUGAUUGGCUCUCAGUGAGUUCCUUUGUUUUUUUUUUAGCCAAUCAGAAUGUCACCUUUUUUUACUCUUUUCUGCCUAAAAAAACUACAUUCCUCUUAGCCAAUCACAAUCGAGGAAUUUUUUCAUGUAUAUUAUUAGAUCGGGAAUCAUCCCGUUUUGAUAAGCUGCAAAUUAAGGUUUAAACGUUCUUCAGUUGACAGGAUACAUACAGAAUACUUCAUGGCAAGCGCGCGGGUACGGUUUUUAUCCACGAGUUGUUGAUGUUUGACGUAUCAGAAAUCGAACGAGUGAGCAGUAAUGGUGUAGACUCGUACAGUUCACUUUCAGCCUACAGUACAUGACCUGAGAUCAGCAGACAUGAGCCUGCAUUCAGCGGCCAGUUCUAGGGUAUGGUCGUUGUUUUUGUGCGGUCCUAGGACCGCGUUUGCCCAGUUGAGUGGGGCGGGACAUCUUCGGGAAUGGUCUGGAGAUCUUUGGAAAUGCUCGGCACGUUAUCGCAAAUGCCUGGGACAUACUCGAAACAUUUUCGGUUGCUAUGGAAACAAAAGUUGUUUAAUGAAUACAGUGAAUCUUAUAUUACGUCAACUAAAUUCAAUUUGCUCCCAUGUAGGACAAGUCCUGUCAUGUAGGACGCAUGGACAGUGUACAUAUUAUUAUUAGGCCGUUACUUACCCUUUAGUCCGUUUGAUCUUAUAUUUGUGAACCAAUGUCAAGUCGCUUACGUGCACAUGUGGAAUCUGAACUUUUGUCCCCUCAUGUAAACAUUAAUACAAGAGCAUGCAUACGCAUUACGAUACAACGGUAAGCACUUGUCAUUGUGUCGCAUAAAUGUGGGAAUGGAAUUCUGCCUCAUCAUAGUUUACGUCGCAAAAGCUGGAUCAGUGUGCGGUAAGCAUUCGUUCAUGGCGGAUCUCGGUAGGUAGGUGAGUGAGAGGCUGACUUAAGCGGGCAAGAGUAUGAAAAUGAAUUGCGAGAUGUCGACAGCGAAGAAACAAGUGAUCUUGACACCACCGGUAUCGGUACUAUAGAUCCUAACCUUAUGUGGCAAGCCAUUCAAGGCCUUGAAAAGAAGAGUGACCUUUGGGCGGGAACGCUUAAUAAACGCAUCACCGAUGCUUCACUUAAGCUGAAAAUACCGGAAACAGCUGUGGCAGAGCAUAGUUAAUAGAGGGAAUGGUUAUGAAACCCGACAAAGUUCUUUGUUGUAUGUUUUUGUUCUCUUUUUUGGCCUUGACCCUGCACAAAACACAAUAGUUGUUUACUCCGUAUUGAGGAACUAACCAAUAGAAACGUGCUGGUUACGUAAUUCAUGCAUAACGUAUGAACGCAAAACAAAAGAUUGUGCAGGGUCGUGGACCUUCUAACAUAAAUCUUGGCAUCUUUGUUUGCUCCUUUGAUGUUUGCCGGGCUUCACAACCAGUCACCUCCAUUAACUAUGGGCAGAGUGACUCGAACUCCCAAUCGAGACCUUCAACCAAAAAAGUAAAAACAGCUUUCUCAGUUCCGCGGAUUACUCAUCGGACGAAUCUGAUGGAAACGUGCAUUCCAUUCUUGGAAAGGAAAGGGAAGAAAAGCAAGAUGGCGACUCUCGCUACAAUCUGCUGAAGGAGAUCGAAGAGGAAUAGAACCACAACAUGCCACUCUUGAAUUAUUGGAUUUGACCUUUCAGAAUGACUGUAAGUUCUCUGCUCAUGCAAAGCUAAACUGUGCAAGGCGAAAGAAUGUCUAUACGUACUAAGAGUAUGCAGAAAGGAGCGUUACAGGCCGACAGAAAUUGAUUACCUCUUCUACAGUAUUGUACUCCCUAACUUAACUUACGGAUUUUCUGUCCAUGGUGCCUCUGACACGGAUCUAAAUGCUUUCCAGCAAUUUUUACCCCGAUGCCGUUAGUUACGUUUUAUGUACUGUACUUGUAGGUUUAGCUCACUGCUGCUUGUACAGCUGUUAAAUAGCAAGAUCGGGGUUCUGUCCCACACAUUUUACUGUAACUGUUGCCGGGACAUAGAAUAGAAAGUUUAAGAUACCACGACGGCGACGGCGGCAAAACGUCGCUUAAAAAGUGACUUCUCGGUCUAUGAAACUUUAGCGCGAUUAUGUUAACUCGAUCACUAUGUUUUAUGUAGGCGAACUCUUCUGGAGUUGAAUUCUUAAGAAACAUAUCCAAGUGUAAAAAGAACAAGAGAGAUUAGUCGUCGUAUGUUCACGUUGUCGAUAAAACGUGAAAUUAGGCAAUUCUCGUCGUAGUCGUGCAGUGACGGCAAAGAAAUGUACAUAAAAAGCGUGAUGCACGUGCAGAGUUAUUGUUUUGCUAACCUUAAUCAAUUGCUUUUUGACGUUUUCGUUGCCGUCGCCGUAGUGGCAUCUUAAACUCCCUAAUAUUCAUCGUUAUACCGGAAACAUCGUUAUAUCGAGCUUCCACUGUAGAAUUAAGUAAAAUAUGGUCGAUCUAUGGUCAUAAAAACAAAUACAGUGUGCGGAACACAUUGUUAACAUGAUACAUACAUAUCCGAUUAUCUUAGAAUGUAGUUUUUCCUAUAUAUAAAAAAAACGCUGAAAACUCUGAGAAAAACGAUAAACAAACUUGAAGUAAGUUUAAACAGAAAAUUGCCAAUGUUUCACCUGUGAACGAGUGUCACAAAAUAGAUACCAGUUUCGGGGCGGGAAAAACUGUUGCCAAAACAGCACCAACGAUCAAGAAAAAGAUAAAUAACGCAUGACCAUGAACUACCACUUGAGUUACGCGUCAAAGUGAGGCACAACGUAAGCUAGCUAAAGCCUCAAAGCGAGGCAAAGGUGUGUCGAGAAAAACUUAGCAAUUGGUGUGUGACAGUGUGUGCGUAACGACUCUUUGGUCUCAACCAAACUGUUAAGAUUGGAAUCCAUUAUUCCAUAUUUGAACUACAAUGGUGGUGACACUGCUCUUCACUGAAUAACAAGAACAUUUAUUAGCGUUUAGUAAAAGACAAACACAUAUUGUCAUACUAAGAAUAUUGAAACAAUAGGGAUUCUCGUAUACACGCGUGUCGCCUUUUCUCGCGUGGGGUGAUUUUCACACCCGCUCGCGUUUCGCUCGCUCUACUAUCCCUGAGGAAAAAUGGGGGACUACUCGUAGUCUAAUUUUAAAAUAAAUCGGAGCGAUUUUCAACCUCAAUAAAAGAUUGACACUCUAACAAUCGACAUGUGGUGGGUCAUCACCAGUUAGCAGGUGAUUAAAAUGUGAGCAAUUAUUAUUUCUCAGAAAGUGAUUCAAUUUAGCAAGCACAUUUUAAGCUCUAUCAAUAGUAUAAGAACAACAACAACGAAGAAUCUUAAUAAAAAUUAUUCGUUAAAGGAGAUAUGACUAAACCAGCGUAACGCAAAUAAUGGUGUCUACCUCGGUUUGCGAGUUUGGUAUAGGUAACGUUUAAAUCUAGCACGCCUGGGCAAUCUUAACAGUUUGUUUCAGACCCAUUGAGACCAAAGAGUCAUAACACACACACACUGUCACACAGUAAUUGAGAUCGUAUUUUAAAAACAACGACACUUAUUUAACGUCUGAUUGUCGACUAAAACAUUGUGGACAAGGAGUACUUGUUACUUAGCUCGGACAACCGGCAAGCUUUUUCAGUUCUUCUGUUUUCAAAAUUCUUAAACUUACUGUCUGAAAACAAUUUCAGGUCCAAGGCGGUCGGAGCAAGACCACAAUAUCUUUAGUUCAUAUUGCGGUCGGACCAAGCACGUUGUCAUCGUUCGACAGCGUUUUAUUUAGUUAAUUAGUCACAAGAUGUACCUUUUAAUUUCUUUAAAUUGACUGAAUAGACAGACUGAAGUCGAGCUCGUCCAUUUUCCAUUACUGGCAACACGAAACUAGGAACUCGCAACUCUCACCUAGCAACUCGCAACUGGCAACUCGCAACUCCACGACUCGCAUUCUACGAACACCCUUUUUUUAUCAUUAUGCUGUUGAGUUGUUUAUACUUAACUAUCACCUGAUCAUACUGUUAAGCAUACUGUUCCGUGAGACGAAAAGAUUAUUUAAAUUAUUAAAAUUAGGUUUUACGUUGAAAAUUGCCAGCUGGUUUGAUCAGUAUUCUUGUGAAGAGUUACCUUUAUUAUUAUAGAUAGAAAGCUCUCCUAUAGUGGCAAUUUUCAUCGCGUCUGCCACGAAGUUCUAAGUUUCGCUGCUUUUCUCAAUUGGUAAAUUCGCCAAAACAGAAAUUGCAUGUGUUUACCUCUAAGUUGCCGAUUUUUCUUUAAGCAACCAAGCAAAUUGCCAUACAGUACAAUACUUUCAUUAUUUUACCCCGCUACAUCUAGGAGUUAAAUGACUCGUUAAAACAUGUGCGCAAAUAAAAAAUACUAAGUAACUAAUACAUGUCAUUCAAAUUUAAUAUCCCUAAAUGUAUUUACAUAAUAUUUGGUAAUGUUGAUGAUGAAAUUCUAAAUACUUCUAUGUACAUGCUUAUUUAAAAGACGUUCAAAGGUAAGAAUAUCCUUAGCUCCUCCAACCUAGGAGGGUAAAGAAUUGCAAAGCUUCGCGGUCUGAAAUGAAAAUGAUCUGUGGCGCCAUUCUUAAGAUUACAAUAAGGUAGCAUCAGAAGUGUACCCGACCCUCUUAAAUUGUAAUUACAGAUUUUAAUAUUAAAAAUUCUUGUCUGUGGCAUAGGGUUUGUUUAUUAUUGAUACAUCUGUGAAAUAAAACUAUAGGGCCUGGAAUUUUUUCUUUGUUCCAGCGUUCUUUUUCUAACCCUGUUUAACAAAUAAUCAGGGUGUAUGCUUACCGUGACCUAAAAUAGUCCUGAAAAUAUAAUUAUUCAUGUCCUCUGCCAUGCUUAAGACAAGCUUGGUCGACAGCCAGGUUCUAGGGUAGGUGUGAUGAAAGGGUUGGCUGGUUUAUCUGCAUAUGCAGUAUAUCGCUUGAAGUGUGCAGAUCUUGAAAUUGUCUGUUUUAACCUAUUUGAUGUUUUGUUUUUACUUCGCUUUCAGACAGUUGUUAUUAUUUCAUAAUAACAUUUUACUGUACCACUGCAAGGCUGUUUAUCUAAUAUCUGGUAUUUAAUUGCCAGAAAUAACUUUCUAGUGCGUGAAUAGCCUUGUUAAUUUUUUGUUACUGAAUUUCUUGCUUUAUUUUCAGUCGUCCUUUGUGAACCGUGCUGCCUUAGGACUCUUCCCACCUGUCUCAUUUCUUCAAGAUUUAAAAGAUGCUUUAUUAAGUGUAAGAGAAUUUAAACGCAUGAAAUAAAUCAUGUUCACUUUAAAAAAUAUCUUAAGUGUGUCAUUGUAUCCGUAUGAGUAAAUGCUGAAUGUUGUUCGAUUGGGUCUGACAAUUGCUCGCAUUUUACUUGGCUCAGAAAUUCAGCCGACGUAGCCAAAUUCACACGAGAAGUGCAAAACAGAGUAGUCAGCUGAACAUUCCGAGAUGCCAUCGGGCUGUCCGUCAGCGGUCCUUGUUUUACCAAGAGGCAAAGCUUUAGAAUGGCGUCAAUGUUAAAUAAUGUUUAAUUCACUGAGUCCUUCCCAAUCGAUAAUUGAAUUUGCAAAUAGCGAGUUCUAUGUCAUUCAUUACUUUUCUAUUUAAUCAUUUUUAUAUAUUACUGUUAUUUCCUCCUUUUUCUUGUAAUUCUUUUGGCUGAAUUGUCCUUUAAGGGAGUUGCAAUAAAGUGUGUAUUUAGGUAUGUUAGCAUUUUGUUAUUUAAAUGAAGAGAAUUACUUUAUAGGCUGUUCAGUGCAGGUUACAACCAUGUAAAUAAGUUACAUUUAUUUUUAAAAGGUAGCUCCACCGGGAUUGCCAGAAGUUACAACAAUGGCUUGUGGAACGUGCUCGGUAGAAAAUGCCUUUAAACUUGCUUUUAUGCAUUACAAGGUACUGUAAACAGUGUAGUUAUAAUCUACGUUAGCAGUUGAAUAUGUAAGUGCUCUGUCAUGUUUGCAAAAUUGGUAGUAAAGGUAAAUCAGCUGGCAAAUGCGAUAGAAGAAAGAAGUUCACAAAGGCACAUAAUAACUGAUAAGAUUACAAAGGUAACAAAAGUCACAAGUGUCAUUACAUCUGGUCACGAAUGUAAUACACGUCUUAACAAAGUUAAAAAAGUAAAUUACAUCUAGGCACAAAGGUACUGCAUUGCCUUUGAUAAGAUUGUUUUGCUAUCCGCCUUUUCCCUUUUCCUUUUUAACUGGGCUGCCUGUAAGGCAGAUCCAGUUCAUAAAAUGGGAUGAUUAGUGUAAUGACUCUAGCUAUAGCCUGUCACUUCCGGUGUUUAUGUUUCCGGUUCUAUUGUUACCAUAAUGCCUUUCGAUCAUAUGUUUUUCAUUCGGCCAUACUGUCGCUCUAAAAGUAGGUUAAACUCAGCCUCAAGACCACAGCUUGCUCAAUGCGACAGAUAAGUAUUGCAUGGUGUCAAAAGUAAAAGCGAUUACACAGGAAAAUGGGUCUUAGCGGCAUCGAAUGCCCACAGCUACACUGGGAUGGCGAAAAUCUUGAGGAAAACUGGCGUCGCUUCAAACAGCACGUGGAGCUCAUGUUCUCCCGCCCGCUCAAAUCACACCAAGAAGCUGACUAUUGCAGCUACCUACUUAUCUGGGUCGGGCGAAAGGGACGAGAUAUCUACAACACGUGGAGCAACAACAACAACAACAAUUUUAUUAAAAGGCAGAGAAAUACAUUAAACAUACACACUGCCUGCAUUUACCUAAUUAAAGCUAUUCGAGGCAGGGAGUGUGGGUACUCUACAUACUAAAAGACAUUUAACAAGGAAAAUAAAAGAGAUUUACAACAUCAAGGAAAAAGAGGUUAAAAAAGAUAAUACGAAUGAAUAAAUAUGUAAAUAAGUAGAGAAAUAAAGGUUACAAUACAUUGGAUUAAUAUUAUCCUUUUUUGAUUUCAUUAAUAAGGGUGUCUAUAUCAGCAUAACUAUCCUGUCGUUGAAGAUCAAGUGGUAAUGGAUUGUGUAUUUGUUCCAAACUUUAGCCCCGACGCUAACGAAAGAGUUUUUGUGAUGAUUCAGUACAGAAUAUUUCUUAUAAAAAUUACCAGCUGAAGAGGAUCGGGUGUUGUAAUUAUGAACUUGACUUGAGAGAGUGAAUAUGCCAUUGAUGCUAGGCGGUGCAGAAUCAUUAGAAACAUCAUGCAUUAGGAUAGAAGAGAUCUUAAAGUAUAGCGUAGACAUUGGCAUGAUGUUAAGUUAGAUGAAAUGAAGUAUGGGAUAGCAUGAGUUCGGAAUUUGGCAAAGUUCAUCAGACGAGCUACUCUUUUUUGGAGCACUAAAUUUUUUUCUAGAUGGGAUCGAUCAGUUAGGCCACAGGCAACAAGACCAUACGACAGAUAUGGAUAGAUAAGGGACCGGUAAACAUGUUCAAGUGUUGAGAAUGUCGUAAAAUGCCUUAGUCUAGCAUUGAGUCCAAUACUUCUGCUUAUCUUUGAAGCAACGAAGAGCGAGCGACCUCACCGACGAGGAAAUGAAGGUUACAAACAUACUGCAAUCGCUUCGAAGCUCACGUCAGUCCCAGAGCUACUUCUGUCUUUGCUAUAUUCAAGUUUCACGGUCGUGUUCAAGGAUCAUCCAAAACAGCAGAGACAUUUAGGACAGAUCUAACCAAAACAAAGGAAAAGGAGCACAUGGUAACCAACCGUCUCACUCUCAACCGUCAGGAGGAACGCGGGUGUCCAGAAACUGUGGUCGCACCCACAGUUCACCUUCUAAUUGCCUAGCUCGUGGCCUGAUAUUUCUGUAGUGCAAGAAGCCAAAAACGAAGCCCGAAGACAACGAAUUCAUUGUGUACAACAAGCGAGAAACUAAGCUUCACAGGCAAGCCCUGAAUCAGCAAAACCAGCUGCAUUUGAGUCUAUUGUUUUUUUAUACAGCGUCCACCGGCAGAAUUUCAUGGGAAAAAAAAUCUUAGAUAUGAUUAAUUGAAUGCAAGAGCGUAUCGUUAGCUAUCGUGGCGCAAUGGAUAUCGCCUUGCCCAUACAUGCCAAAGGCCUGGGGCUCGACUCCCGCCGGAGGACACUGUUUCUUUUUUCCUCGUCGUUUUGUUUUGUUUUGUUUCGCUUUUUUAAAAACAUAUUUUCAUUUUUUGGAAGACAUAAAUUGCAAGUUAAUUAUCAGUUUUCAUUUCUAAAAUAAUUAAUUUUAAUAAUCAUUAAUUAUUAAUCCACAAGUUAACCAUAGGCACCCUUUUAUUUCUUUUACAUUGAGGUCCCAACCAUACAUAACGCUAUUCCUUCCAUCAUAAAUAUAACUUUAACUGAAUGAAGAUUUUGAGAGAACCAACCAGCAUUAAGCAUCUCCGACUGACAAGAAGAUCACCAUCGCUAAUUGUCUUCAAUAAUUGGAAAACAUUAGAAAUUACUGUUAUUUCACCCAUGCCUGGAAACAUUAUGAGUAUGUAUACUGCAUGCGAGACUUCUACUGUUCUCAUCCCUUACCCUUACUCAGCAUAGGAAAUGUCAAAAACAAAAACAGCUAAUACAGUACAAGUCAGCAAGUAAAUAACCUGGGGUUUCAGAGCCUUUUAGGCUAAAAUUUGCCAGUUAGGGCUGCUCUAUACAAGAACCUGUUCAGCCCAAUAUUUGAAAAACAGGUUCUUAUUUUCUAAGAUCUGUUUAACAAAGUUCUGUACACUUGGGCAAGUAAGAUAUGUCAACAUUCGGGAUCCUCUUUAGAGACACAGGUGCCUUAUCACUGUCUAUGCCUAUCAUACUGCAAUACCGGUAUGUGGCUGUAUGCAUAUUUUAUAUAAGGAAUAAGCUGAAUACCACUGAAUAGUCUUAGCUUGAAUCUAUUUUUUCUUCAGAAAAUACCCGGUAAGAACCUAAAUUUGUGCUUAUGUAAGAACCUAUUUAGCGGGGCUGACUUGGGAAAGUGCUGGCUCUUAGUUGCAGGUGUUAUCUGUAUUGUUGUUUGAUGCUCCAAAGAACCGCACCUGUUGACCACUUACAAUAACCCUUAUUAGUAUAUACACACUCAGUGAUCUUGGUGAUUUAAGCAAUCUGAUUGGUUCGCCAUCUCUGACUAUUAAACAAUAUUCACCUCCUAGCGAGUGGAUAAUGUGUGAGCUCGGUGUUUUUCCCAUUUUUUAGAGAACGAUCUUUUAAAAGUUGACGAAAUCCUAGGGCUGACUUUUUUUAAGGCCAGAAAAGACUUGGAAGGAUUCAAUACGGCGUUUUUCAAUUUACUGUAGCUGAAUUUUGUGUUCAAUGGAUUGUUUACAACUCCCGUGUAUCCGCGUAGAAGAAGCCGUUUCGUGAACUCAGCGUUUUCUAACAAAAAAAUUUUGGCUGAAAAAUCGAAGUUUAUUUAUGACAAACAAAUUUUAAAAGGAAAUGUUUGCAGAAAUUCUGCGUUUCAAGUAAACAGGAAAAAGAAUAAUACAGGAAAACGACGUCUUAACCUCGAGCAACCGAGCCGCCAUUUUUGUCAGCACUUCACUCGAAGAACGACACAACAAACCCUCUUGGUCAUAAACUUGGCGAGUCAACAGAAAGCAACAAAGUUUUACUUUUCUUCUCAGGUAAGGAAACAGUUCAAACUUUUAGCGGUUCCAUUUAAGCCAAUACGCUGUUGUUUGCGAAAUGAUAAACUUGUCAAUUGCCAUGUUUGAAAAUUCUGCAAAGAUCUAUUUUUAAACUUACGCGUGAUUUGAUGUGUCAAUCAAAUCGUACUUUUUAAUGGUUUCCUCUCUGAUUUUGUUGAGAUCACUUCGUGUGUAUAUACUAAAACAAUUAUUCUUUUCAAUCUCGGUGAAUAGUGGCUUUGGGAAUAUUUACAUCAUUAAAUGACCCCAAAAACACCGAAUAGUACUAUCAAUAAGAAAACUUUGACAAAAAAUUGUCACUGGAAUGGUACAGCAGGCGGGUCAAGAACUCGCUUGAUGCGUUUGUAGCUCCGUGCUACAGUAGAAACAGAGUAUUUCGAGGUAUUUGGUGACUUAUUCAGCGUAUUUAAUGUAAUAUUAAAGUGCCCCCCGUGAAAAACGGCUCCACUAAAUGCGCCUGAGGCAGGAAUAACUGAACUGUUGGUGAAUGAGGAUUCCGCAGUUGCCACUGUUUGUGAAGUUUUAGCAGUAUGCGCUGCGUUUGGUGGGGCUGAAUUGUCGCUCAAAAUCUACGACAUAUUUUUCUGCUGCUCUUUUGACAAAGUGCUGUAAUUUUUAACCCUCUGCAAAUUUCGGUGACCAGAGAGCUGCAUGAUGUGUGUUGGAGGAACAUUGUUAUCGUUCACGGUUUUUGCAUCAUUUGCUUUUGCGCGCUAUGGUUGGUUAGUCGUCGCUCGCAGCCAGCUUUUCCUGCCAUUGUUUUCAUUAACGAGGUAAGUUUAUUGACUCCCAUCGGACUCCCCUUGAACCAGCAUUUACUGGAGUCUUUGCUGUGAUUUAUGCCGAGGUAGUACGGUGCUUCGACGGUCUGCAUUGAGCUAGGUCUUUUCUCAGAAUAGAAUUUGUAGACAAAAACUGGGUCUUUUUCGGGUGGGCUGUCCGGCCUAGCGAAAGCUUAAGGUUUAAAUGGUCUAAUGUUCCGAGGCUCUUCACGGCUUCUUGUUUUGGUUUGAAGCUCACAGUAUUCUAAAUAUUCGGUCUCGUUGGCAUCCCUCAGAAGUUUCUUAUCUGUCCAGCACAUGCCAGACCGUGUUGAUUAAAGCCUCGGCACUCGCGAUUCCCAGUAGUUUACUCUCGUAAAGAACGCUUACUUCGUCAUCGCUGAUAGCCUCGGCUGCAAAUGUUCUGUUUCUCCUGCCUUCUUUUUUCAGGGGUUUGCAACGAGCAUCCAGCACCUUCCUUGUUUGCUCAAACUCUCGAUCUUCGACGAUGCUUUUGGAAUACUUCACGUUUUUCAAGUGACGAUUGA